AACCUCCCACAGACAAACCUCUGUUUUGAAUCUUAUUGUUGGCACUGAUUUUCAAAGCUAUCCACAUAAUCUUCUUAUUGUUUGAAAUUGAACUAUCUAUUAUUAGAAAGCUAGCUUGUAGUAGACCAUGACAACCCCCACCAAAGCACCCCGCCGCAGAAGCGAAAGCCCCCUCAUGAUUCGACGACCACCAAAAAGUCCUCUAUCCUUGCGUGGGCAUCGGUUGGUUUGGAUGUUGUCAUUGUCCAUGUUCUUUUGUGUCUUUUUGGCGUGGGAUCAGAUUUCCUACCAGUUUCUCAUGAUGAAUGCCGAAGGCGAGACUGUUAACAAGGCCUUCCAAGUCAACCCCAAAGUCAACCACACCGGUGUCAUUCGACAAAUAUCCUUGAUUGGAGAGCGAAACUCGGGAACCAAAUGGAUGUGGGCCCACUUGGCAGAUUGUUUCAACCACUCCAUUCCUGUGGAAAAGAAGUUUUCACGCUAUAAGCAUUGGUUCCAACCACGUGAUUACUGGCGAUACCCCCAUGAUACCCUGGUGAUUGCCGAGUUCCGCAACCCCUAUGACUGGCUCAUGGCAAUGCAUGAGGUGCCUCAUCAUGCUCCCGCUCAUGCCAACGUCGGUUGGAAAACCUUUCUAAAGAAAAAGUGGACCACGAAUCGCACUGGCUUGGAUCUGGAACUCAAGGGGGAUGAGUUGUGCCAACAUCAUUUUAAAUACAAGGAUAUCAUUUCCUGUGUCCACAAACCUGAACCCCAUGUCCCCGUCGACAAUCGACAUUCGCUCGACAAACCCUUUUAUGAAAUGCGCAAUGAUGGAAGUGGCAAACCCUACAAGAACAUUAUGGAACUCCGCAGCGACAAGAUUCGUAACAUUAUGGAAAUCAAAGACUUUCCUGGCGUGGCGGAUCUUUGGAUGGUACAGUAUGAGUUCCUUCUGAGCACGGGUACACAGGAUUUGUUGGAUCGCAUCACCGAGUGGACCGGCGUGGAGCCUCGCUGCAAGGCAUACCCUCCUCAGUUUCGGCGACAACGCAACAUUAGCAAAGAUUUCGUCUACUAUGUGACCGAUCACUUGAACUGGACGGUGGAGGCAGAGAUUGGAUAUGAACCCAUGGCAAUCAUGGAGGAAAACGAUGAUGAUGACUAUGAUCGUAGCUAAUAGGAGUUGCUUGGAUUGCCAUAGGCUAUCCCUAGCAAUGGUACCCAGAGGUGCAGUCCUUUUCUCAAGUACUGUAUUACAUGUAGUGCAACGUGUCAUCUAUAUAGAAAGCUAAGACAUGAAACAUCUAGAUAUCCGUCCUC